GCCGGAAAAUAGACCUAGUUCCUUAUAACGUAAUUCCCAAGCGAACCGCCCACCCAAGCGACCCGCCCACCUCCCCGAAAAAUAACUCUCUAUAUUGAUUUCUCAUAUUUCAACGCGUCAAAAUGCCACCAAUUCGCAAGAAAGAUCCCUUAAAAUCUACUCAGAUAGAGGGAAAGAUCCAGUUAGCUAUUUCUGAUUUGAAAAAUGGAAGAAUUUCCAAUAUUCGUGAAGCUACAAGGAUUUAUGAUAUUCCUCGUACGACUCUCCGAGAUCGACUCAAAGGCAUUGAAUAUAAAGGUGAAAAGCGCGCCAACCACCAUAAAUUGACUCAAUCUGAGGAGGAUUCACUUGUCAAAUGGGUUCUUGAUUUAGAUCGACGUGGAUUACCUCCCCGACAUUCUCUUGUACGAGAAAUGGUCAAUUAUCUUCUACAACAACAUGGAAAAUCACAAGUUGGAAAAAACUGGGUGACCAAUCUGAUUAAACGCCGUCCGGAGAUUGAUUCUAAAUUCGCAAGGAAAUAUAACUAUGAACGUGCCAAAUGUGAAGAUCCAAAGAUAAUUCAAGAACAUUUUGACCGCGUACGAGCUGCUAUAUCUGAGUAUGGAAUCUUACCAGAAGAUAUCUAUAACUUUGAUGAGACUGGCUUUGCUAUGGGACUCUGUGCAUCUGCGAAGGUUAUUACUGGAAGCGAUCGAUAUGCUCAGCCAAAGCUUUUACAGCCUGGAAAUCGAGAAUGGGUGACUGCAAUUGAAGCAACAAAUUCAACUGGUUGGUUUGAGGAUCUUCCAGAUGAUUGGAGAAUCAAUAUUAGCGAUAAUGGUUGGACAACAGAUCAAAUAGGAUUAGAAUGGCUUAAAACCCAUUUUAUUCCUAAUAUUAAUGAUCGUACAAUGGGAAAAUACCGAAUGUUGAUUCUUGAUGGCCAUGGAAGCCAUUUGACUCCAGAAUUUGAUCGUACAUGCACUGAGAAUAAUAUUAUUCCAAUCUGCAUGCCACCUCAUUCUUCGCAUCUAUUACAGCCUCUUGAUGUUGGCUGUUUUGCAGUUUUAAAACGGUAUUAUGGGCAGGUUGUUGAGCAACGAAUGAGGCUUGGAUUCAAUCAUAUCGACAAAAUGGACUUUUUAACAGCAUUUCCACAGGCUCGUACAGUGGCAUAUAAAGCUCAAUCUAUUCAGAAUAGCCUCGCAGCCACUGGAUUAGUGCCUUUCAAUCCAGAUCGAGUUCUUCAAUAUCUUAAUAUUCAAUUGAAGACUCCAACCCCCCCUCCAAGUCGAUCAAGCAAUACAGCAUCAUCCUGCUUACAGACACCUCAAAAUAUACGCCAAUUUGUACGCCAGUCAACUACAAUCAAUAAACAUAUAAAUGAGCGCACAGGAAAUCAGAAUCAAGAAAUCAAUCAGGCAGUUAUACGGUUGUCAAAAGCCUACGAAAUACUAGCGAAUGAUACUUUACUCGUACGGAAAGAAAACCAUGAUUUACGAGCUGCGAAUGAAAAAGAGAAGCAAAAACGCCAAAAAUCUAAUAAACAGAUAUCUAUUGAGCAUGGGAUUACUAGUGAAGAAGCUCAAGCGCUUGUACAAGGUCAGGUUGAGGCAUCUCAAGCUGUUAUGGCUGCUCCAGUUGAGCCGGAGCUCCCAGCUUCUCAAGCAGUCGUACGCCGCCAAUUUCGCUGCAGUGGUUGUGGUGUUGAAGGACAUAAAAUUAAUCGAUGUCCUAAUCGUACUACUAAUUAA